AUGACGUCGGCUUCUUCGGAGAAGGGCAACGCAGCAAUGUCGGCGUCGGUAGGGGAAGAAGGGCCCUGGGGGCACUCCGAUAUCUUCCGUGAGCCGACGGACCCGGAAAUGAUUGCGUAUCUCGGGCGGAAGCGAGAGUCGCUACAGAAUGAGGUGGUCAAUGUUGCCCAGGGGAUGUCGAUCGGACCAGCUCUGUACCUGUGGACCCACCGCCUGACCGGUGCGGACGUGGUCUCCGUGGUGACUACCACGCGUCCUUCUACUAGUGCUUCAACGACGACGACGCACAAGACAAAGUACAGUGCUGGCGGGGGGUUGCCAGUGGGCUCUGUCGAUGGUGGCAGGGGUGUUCUUCGCCGGGGACCGCCAUUUGACGGUUCUUUCGGGAGACUGGAAGGAGGAGGGAAAAUGCCCCUUCAGAGGCGAGCUUCCGCGAAGUGGACAAUCUUACCCAAGAACAAGGAGGCAAGCGGAGAAGGGGGAUUCAUGGCCGUCAAGGGGGGAAAGACCGACGCCGAACUCAGGAGACUCCGAAACGAGAAGAAUCUGAGGGCUCCCCUGCACCUGCCGCUGUUCACAAGCCCGCUUGAGGUCGAUCCCACCGGCUCUGGCAAGGUUCACGAUCGAAUGAGUGAGUGUCUCAUGGCCGAGCGUGAGCGCUUCAUGGAGCUGUUGGGGAAGGAGAGGCAGGAGCGAGUUCAUCUCGAGGCGUUCGCGUGUUCCCUUGUGCAGGCUGCUUUUCGUGGCUACCUGCUGCGAAAGAGGUGGGCGGAGGUGGAUGCGAGGCAGCGGGUGCGACUGCGGGUGCGGAAAUGCCUCCGCGAUUUCCUGAAGAGCCGAGGGGCUCCGUUUGCUCUCGGGGCGUUGGAAAAGCAGCAAAAAGAAGAUAGGCUGCGCCAAGCGGCAGCUUGCACUAUUCAAGCGUCCUUCCGCUGCUUCCUGGCGAGGCAGACGCUUGGGAAGCGGAGGUUGGCGUCGUUCUUGCUCCGAAGGAGGAGGGCCGCGAGGACCCUGCAGUGCUGGGGUCGAUACUUGUUCGCAUCCCGCCGGCUACGGGUUACGGGCCACAGGAGGCGAGUGGUGCACUCGAUCGCAGCCUCUAUGAUACAACAACAAUGGCGCUUGCGAAAGAUCCAAGAGGUAACGAAGUCACGCCUCUUCAGGUCGGCGGCAGCGAUUCAGCGAAUCGUCAGGGGCUAUGUUGCGUGGAAGAAGGUCGGGAGGCAGCUCACGAGAGUUCGCGGCCUGAGAAAGACCAGGGCCGUGUACACCCUUCAGAAGUUCAUCCGCCGCGCGCAGGCGCGUCAGAGAGUGCGCCGCCUACAAAGGCGCCGUCGACGUGGAACUCGCGCAAGGGCGGCUCUGCACGUCCAGCGCGUCUGCCGGGGAUUCGUGGGGCGCAGGCGGGCGGCAGCACGGAAGAAGGCGACGACUCUGGAUAUCUGGCGAGCGGCACGAGAAGGAAACGCGUCUCGGGUGGACGCGCUCUACUACGGUCAAGGCCUCGGAGGCGUGAUUUUCGACUGCCUCAAUACAAAGGACCCGGAGGGGAACUCUCUCCUUGCCAAGGUGGCCAGUGGGGUGGGGCCUAUUGCACUCAUAAGGGUGGUGCUGAAGUGGGGCGCGGACGUAAACUCGGUGAACAUCCGGGGGGAGUCGGCGCUACAGCUGGCCAUGUCGAGGAGGAACGUGGAGGUGGUGGACUUGCUCGUCAAUCACCCGAACAUACGUCUCAACCAAGACCAACCUGGCAAGAGCAUUCUUCACGAGGCUGCAGCCCUCGGCCUUCAUCACCUGUCCGCGCAGCUGGUGUCUAAAGGUUUGGACGUCAACGGGGUCGAUCCGCAGAACGGCUGGACUCCGGUGCACUACGCUUGCCACAAUGGGAGGGAUGAGCUAGCCCGUUUGCUCACCAGUCGGUCCGGCACAAUGGUAAACGUCGGCGGCGCGGGUGGCGUCACCCCCAUGCACUUGGCGGCUGCGGGGGGAUGGGAGAAGUGCGCAACGAACCUCCUCGAGAACAACGCCUCGCCAGUCGUCAAAAACAACAAGGGGCAGGUCCCAGCCGUUGUCGCGAUGCUCCACGGCCACGCGUCCACCGGAAAGAAGCUUCUCCAAGCCUUCUCGGCGGCGGAGACGGCCUCUAAGCGCUCCCGAACCAUCGACGCUUUCGCAGCGGUGGCGAUGGCAUCGGGCGUCACACACGCCGUCGAACCGGUGGUCGACGCCGAUAAAGACGAAAACCGAAGUGGAGGGAGGCAGGGGUCAGAGAAACCCGGGGCUGGGGGGGGCGGGGGCGCGGGGGAUGGUCUCGUCGGCCUUGAAGGAAUCACGACCCCGGAGGUGGCAUCGGCAGAUGUCGCCGAGCCUGCUGUUGUUGGAGAGGGCGGCAGUGACCACAAUACCCCGGACGAUGCGGGCAGUGCUCGUGGCGAUCGCGGCUUGGGGGCGGCAGACGGGGGCGCGAGUGAAUUGCAAGGCGGCAGGCCUCACUCUGCUACUACUGUCGGCGAAAAAGCAGGAAGUACGGGCAGCGACGCUAGCGUUGACGGAGGUGGCCGCGGGGGCGACGCAGUGUCGGUGCAGAGUAACGCGAGCUCGCGGGCAUCUGCGUCACUUGAGGCGCUCAGCAGACGGGCCUCGAAAGCUGGGGUCGCGAUGGACCUCAACGUCAUCAUGUUGGAAGAUCUUGUUCCAAGACACUGGGACGACGAUGACAUACGGUGUGCCGUCGCAUUGGCAGAGAGGGGGGAGGCGUGGUGCCUGGCGAGCCUGUUCGCCCUCGGCCUUGAUCCCGACUGCCAACACCCCGACUCAGGGGACACUAUCGGCAUCGCUGCCGCGCGUGGGGGGGACCGUGAGACGCUGGAGGUUUGUCUGGAAACGGGGGUGUCCUUCGCGACGAAGAACAGGAGGGGGAGGUCUGCCCUGCACGCUGCCGUGGUGCGGGACGACCUGGAGGUGGCGGCUCUUCUUCUGGCUAACCCAGGCCUUUCGGGGAUCGAAGUGGAUGAUCUUUGCGACCCAGACGAGGACGGGCGCACUCCUCUCCACGAGAUGGCCGCCAGAGGGGAAGCUCCCACUGUGCUUCUUCUCGCCACUGAGGCUGACAGCGAGUGGACCACCGGCGGCAGCGGCGGUGCGGCCACUGGGUCCGGCAACGCCUCCCUGGACACUCGCUCCGAGGACGCGAGCUCUGCGCCCGGUGCGGGUGGCGGCGGCGGCGAUGACAGCAGCAGUGGUGAUGAUUUAUCGUCGUCGUGUGUUACGGCAGCAUCUUCGGCGGUUGUCGACGAUCAGGCCGGUGGCGUCGGAGGCGAAAAUGGUGCGCGCAUGGGCAGUGGGAGCUCCAUUCCCGUAUCCGGCGGCGAUACUGGGGUUGCCGACGGGAAUACCGGUGAUGGUGCCAAAAGGAUGUCCGACAUUGCUGCAGUCGCUAGUGCUGCUGCUGCCCCGGAUACACCGGCGACAUCCUCCGUACGGUCGCCGCUACCCCUGUCAGCAUUCGUGGCUCCGUCUUUGGCGGACACCGAGGAGCUUCGGGACCUCCGGCAUCAUCAUCAUGACGUCACAAAUGCCGCCGGCAAAGCUGAACGGCCGGAAGGAGUGGCAAUGGACACAGGAAGAGCUGGAUCUACUUCAACUAGCACCAACGUCAACAGUAGGAGCUCACUUGCCAGAAAGGCCUCCAGCAGUGGAGACACGCGGGACACCGCACGCAGUGGCGGCAAUCAUUCCGAUGACGGCGGCGACGACCACGACGACAGCGGCGGUAGAGAGGUCCGAAGCGAAGGAGAAGAGGGCGAUGACCCGUCCGGGUGGGGCGGUCUGCUGGAGGUGGACGUGCGGUGCUCUGGAUCGGGGAACUGUCCCCUUCACGAAGCGGCCGCUUCCGGCAAGGUCGGGGCCGUGCUUUCCCUGCUCGACCUCGGAGCGGACGUGUCCGUGGCAAACGGAUGCGGUGACACGGCUCUUCACGUGGCGGUGGGACCCAAUGCACCCCGUGACCCGAUGGACGAGGGCCACUCGCGGGGCUCGACGCUGGCGUCGACAUCGCUAUCGACCUUGUCGACAACUUCGUCCCCGAUGGUCGUGGGCACCACUACCGCUACCACUACCUUUUCCGGCGACAGAAGAGCAAGCGGUGAAGCGCAGGAUGCGAUGGCACUCUGCGACGAUGAAGGGAGGGGACCUACCACUCAGGUGGUGACGGCUCUCCUCCGGCGAGGAGCUGACCCUUCCAAGAAAAACCGCCUGGGUCAGACGGCGGCUAUGUGCGCGGUGCUUGCGGGUCGCGCCGGCGCUCUGCGAGAGAUAAGGAAGGCUGUGCUUCUUGGGCAUUCAAGCAGCAAGGGCAAGGAGCAGGAGGAGCUAUCCGACCUCGGGCACAUGGCCAUCCGCGAGGGCCACGUCGGGUGCCUUCGUGUCCUCACCGAGAGCUGUAGUGAACAGGAGGUCCUGGCUUGGACAGAUGAAGAGGGGGUCCCCGCGCUCGCCCUAGCGGUGGCACGAGGCCAGCGCGAGUGCAUUGACAUCCUUCUCAAAGGUGUCAGCCCGACAACGUCCUGCGGAGGUGAUGGUGGCGGUGGCGGCGGAAACACGGUGCUGCACGUGACAGCCAUGGCGCGUGGGGGAGUGCCGGUGCUGAAGAGGCUCAUGUCUCCCAAGGGGGGAGGGGAACCGUUCGACUUGGGGUGGCUGGAGUAUAGGAAUGGUUUGGGGGAUACCGUCCUGAUGGCCGCAUUGAGGGCGGGACGACACUCAGCCGCUCUGCUACUGCUUCAGGCGCUCGCGGUGCCCACUGCGGCGGCUCACACUUUCCGCUACGCCUGGGUUAUCGCGGCCGCACUAAGGUUGGCGGAGCUGUGCCCAUGUCCUUCCUGUGUGCUAGGAAGAACGGCGGACGAGAGAGCGCGGCUGUGCAGCAAGAUCGCCCCUAAGCCAACGCGGCCGGGAGAACAGUCCCAGGGCUCUCACGCCAACCCACUGAGCAGUGCUGGAGCAUCCGCGGCUGCUGCACACCGUCGGCUUACAAGGGCCAACUCCACCGCUAGCAAAGCGGCGACGACAGCUUCAGAUGGAGCGCUGCCCGCCUUCGUCUUCCCGGGUUCGAAUCCCCGGCGGCUACGGCAACUACCCCGGCAGAGACCCGGAGUCGCCGCCGCCGCAGCAGCAGUCGGACGGCACCUCGGGCGGCGGCGGUGGCGGCGGAAGGCGAAAGAAGCGUGCUCAAGCCCCUUGGGGGGGGCUGUUCAAGGGAAAGGAGGACGUAGCGCUGCCGACGGCCCCAUGGACGUUGGGGGCCCCGCCGGAUGGAAGGAGCGACGAGCCACCACAACGGCACUGGCAGCAGCAGCAGCAGCAGUGGCAAAGUCAAAGCGAAAGCCAAGCCCAAACGCCGGCGUGGGCAGGCCCCGCCGCUAG